GUCCUUCGAAUUGCAGAUACUGCAGUGCCCGUCUCUACUGCUCUGGUUAGUAAUGGAGCUGAUAGUUGUAGAGAGAUUCUGUCUUCCACUCGUCAAAAUUUUAGUGCAAUAUGCCGAGAAACCGGACUUACAUCAGGCCAUCUCGAUACCAAACAUCCUGCUACUAAUCCUGAGGUAAUGUUUUCAUUGGAUAAUGCAAAAGAAACUUCAUGUUCGACGUCGGUGCUAGUUACUUCGCCAACCUUGAAGGAACUCGGGUCUGUUUCGUCUUCCACACGAAGUAUCAGCAGUCGCAUUGGUGCCAUAAUGCAACGAGCCACAAGCCGUGUUGAACAGGAGGAAGAUAUUUCUUCUGUUUCGAAUGCCGUUAGGCCUCCACUCCUUCCUCAUCCUGGCUCUGGAUCACUUGGACUGCCGCUUGCUGGCCAAUUAUCUUUGCAUCAAUGUCCUCGCAGCUUCUCGUCCCCGCGUUAA